AUGGGGUGGUCGGCUUUUGGGAAUGCCUCGGAGGGAACGACCGAGACGUGCGCCGAGGAGUGGUGGACGAUGGCUCAGAGAACCGUUUCCCAGUAUUGCGGCGACGAGAAGUGGCGGAUGUGCGCAAUGCGCCCAGGCAGGAGGCAGACUCUUCUUCCUUCCGUGACUUGCUUCCCUGCAGUAAACGUCGGCUUCCGUCUGUUCUGCGGACCCAAGGAGGGACCUAUGGGAGGCUUUGUUAUGGUCCAGGAGUGGCCAGGAUUGCUUGAUGUGCUGGCGGUGCUUGGAUGGGGCCGGCCAAUUGCGCGUGGAGUCUGGGGUCUCUGGUGCAGCAACGUGCAGCUCGAGAAACGGCAGAGCCAAGAUGGAGAGACGAGGCUCACGGGUUGCUGCUGCUGCAGGCGCUGGCGGUGCUUGGAGGGGAGGUCUCGGUAG